CAUUACCAUGCUAUAUGCAUUAAAUGGUUGAGUGGAUAGGACAAGAGAAAAACAGUAGCUAGUCUCUAUUUCCUCCUUUAUUUUUGUUCUUUGUCUCAUUAAUUUCUUUUACUCAAAAAAACAAAGCAAAAUGCAGUCCAUGUUAAGCCUGCGUGCAACCCAUGGUGUUCCUCUCUGUCUCUCCGGAAUCACUAACCCUCUUGCUCUUUCCAAAGAGAUGGCAGAUCAUGACCGUAGAAGAAAGGCCAUGAGAAAGCAAAGAUCACUACAUGCAAAUCAACAAAAGACUAAACAAAGAAACAUUAAUAAUGAUUUUGUGGAGAUCAAAGAUGAUGAUCAAGAUUUGGAUCAAAUCUUGUAUCAAUUGUUCCCAGUAGCGGAGCUUGACCGAAAACCUUGGGGUGGCCGACAUAAAAAUAUAAUAUAUAAAUUAAAUAUAUAAAUAAUAUUAUAUAGC